AUGCAUAAGAAUCAGAAGAGCACAGGUGGAAAUACGGUGUUCUACAAACCAAUCGGAGAAACGACUGAAAUAAGAUCUGGAUACCUGUUCAAGUCUCCUCCCCAAAAACGGAUGAAGACAGAGAAAUCAUGGAAGAGGCGAUAUUUUGUGCUGUUCAAAAUCAGCGAGCAUGAGCACCUACUAAAGUAUUUCAGGAGUCCAGAGGAAAAGGACAAGCCCCUUGGAGGGAUUGACUUAUUGCAUAUCUCACUUUUGCAUGUGAGCCCUGAAAAACACCAGAGAUGGAGUUGGGUUCAGAAGAGCUUCAAGUGCUCCCCAUCCUGUGUGCUCUACAUCAGGGCAGAUGAGCGGGACUACUUCCUCGUCGGGGAGAACAGUGAGGAAGUGGACGGCUGGUUCUCCGACCUGUAUGAGGCCCUGAAAAACCUGCCACAUAAACAUUUGGCUUCAGAGGAAAUGUCUAAUGGACAGGCAACAAUUGAGGUUAUUUCAAACCCCAUUUUGCAGAAAAAGAAAUCUGCAGCUGUGCUUUUUAAGGUAGAUUCGAAACUUCGGUCGAUGUCAGAUCCUAUUUCAAAUUGCUUUGUGAUUGGCCAGCAGGGUGAAGAUUAUGUCAAAAGGCGUGCAUCCGAGCCUAUGAGUCCAAUCUAUGACUAUCCGAAAGCCUACUUAACACAAUCAGAAGGGGAAAAUGUCUCAACCCGUCGCAAAAGCUUGGAGUCAGUAUAUGAAUCAAUGUACGAAAUUAGAAAGAGAGCCUCACAGAAACGGGCAGAGGACCUUGAAGUUGCAGAGGUUACCACCACCACCCUGAUGAGGUCUGUCACCGAAGUCUUUGACAAGCUGAGGAUACACAUUUCCGCAAUGCCUUCAUUCGACGAGGAGACAGCUGUUGAGAAAAGAGAAAGGAGUCUGACGUCAGACUUCAGCAGCAGCUCCAGUGACAAUGGUGCCAUCUCCCCUGUAGAUAUGCUGGAUGGACAAAAUGUGCAGAAACUGGAGAAACAUAGCUCUACUGAAAGCCUUGACACCAUUACUCCAGGGGAGAGAGAUCUUCUAGUCAAGCAGGCAGAUUUGAAAAAAUACCUGACACUAACAGAAGUGGAUGGGAAACCAAGUGUGUCUGGGUGGACAGGCCAGCCACAGACAGUGUGCCUGUUUCACAAAGAAGACCAGAUUCUGGCAGUGAAUGACCUGCACACCGGCAGCGUGGAGGAGUACAACAUGUACAUCAGCAAGUGUCUCAAAAAUGAGGUGAAAGUGACCAUCCUGCGUAUACCUGGAGGCCAGCCUCUGCAUUCACCAAACUGUCCCUGCAGUGACUGACCGUUCGAUUUGAGACGGGGUGUUUUUCAAAAUAUGCUGGUUUUAAACAUGUAUUGACCACUUUAGAUAACUGACAGUAUUUUUCCCAGGGCUGUGGGCAGUUCCUAUAGAUCAGUCACUCUACUAGUUCAAUCGAUUUAAGCGUCUAGAGGAGCUUAAAGUGAUUAUUUAAUGAUUGUAAAAUCUCAUUCACCAUGACUCGCAUUAUAUGUAAAAAAGAUUAGAUCCGUUUUAGUUGCCAAGCGCUCGGUGUGUAAACAAUGGUUUGCAGAUUUAAUAGAGUGUGAUUUAUUGUAUAUUGUAAGAUCUUUGUUCUCAAAUCUGUUCUCUAGAAGGAAACAAAAGGCAGAGGUUUUACUGAAACAUAUUUCCUCAUACCAACUGUAUGACGCUAAAGAACAACAGUCUCACUACAUAACCUCCUGGACUAGAUAGAUAAGAUUUUGAUGGCGUGUAGUGAUAAAAUGGUGAAAUAUGCACAGUAACUUUAU